AUGUCAAAAGAUUAUGUUAUUACACCAGAAGCUAGUGGUUCCGUUGCUAAUACUAGUGAAUGGCCAUUAUUAUUAAAAGAUUUUGAUAAAUUAUUAGUUAGAAGUUCUCAUUACACUCCUAUCCCAAAUGGUUCUUCCCCAUUAAAGAGAGAUUUAAAAUCAUAUAUUAGUUCUGGUGUUAUUAACUUAGAUAAACCAUCUAAUCCAUCAUCCCAUGAAGUUGUUGCUUGGAUUAAACGUAUUUUACGUUGUGAAAAGACUGGUCACUCUGGUACCUUGGAUCCAAAAGUUACUGGUUGUUUAAUUGUUUGUAUUGAUAGAGCUACUAGAUUAGUCAAAUCUCAACAAGGUGCUGGUAAAGAGUAUGUUUGUAUUGUUAGAUUACAUGAUGCUCUAAAAGAUGAAAAAGAUUUAGGACGUUCAUUAGAAAACUUAACUGGUGCUUUAUUCCAAAGACCACCUUUAAUUUCUGCUGUUAAACGUCAAUUACGUGUUCGUACAAUUUAUGAAUCUAAUUUGAUUGAAUUUGAUAAUAAAAGAAACUUGGGUGUCUUUUGGGCAUCAUGUGAAGCAGGUACUUAUAUGCGUACACUUUGUGUUCAUUUAGGUAUGUUGUUGGGUGUUGGUGGUCAUAUGCAAGAAUUACGUCGUGUUAGAUCUGGUGCUUUAUCUGAAAAUGAUAAUAUGGUUACAUUACAUGAUGUUUUAGAUGCCCAAUGGGUUUAUGAUAAUACUAGAGAUGAAUCGUAUUUAAGAAAGAUUAUUCAACCAUUAGAAACUUUAUUAGUUGGUUAUAAGAGAAUUGUCGUUAAGGAUUCUGCCGUUAAUGCUGUUUGUUAUGGUGCCAAAUUAAUGAUUCCAGGUUUAUUACGUUAUGAAGAAGGUAUUGAAUUAUAUGAUGAAGUUGUUUUAAUUACUACUAAAGGUGAAGCUAUUGCUGUUGCUAUUGCUCAAAUGUCUACAGUUGAUUUGGCUUCAUGUGAUCAUGGUGUUGUUGCUACUGUGAAGAGAUGUAUUAUGGAAAGAGAUUUAUAUCCAAGAAGAUGGGGUCUUGGUCCAAUAGCACAAAAGAAGAAACAAUUGAAAGCUGAUGGUAAAUUGGAUAAAUAUGGCCGUAUAAAUGAAAACACUCCAGAAGAUUGGAAGAAGAAUUAUGUGGAUGAAUCUGCUGAAGGAACCAAGACUAGUGAAAAAUCUAGCGAAGAAACUAAACCAUUAAUUAAAGAAGUUGAAAAGAAGGAAGAAAAGAAGGAAGAAAAGAAGGAAGAAAAGAAAGAAGAAAAGAAGGAAGAAAAGGAAGAAAAGAAAGAAAGAAAGAAAAGAAAGAAAAGAAGGAAAAGAAGGAAAAGAAAGACAAAAAGAAAAAAAGAAAAAAAGAGAAAGGCAGAAGAUGAAGAUGGUGAAUCUGAAAAGAAGAAGAAGAAAUCCAAGAAAUAG